ACAUCCCUCGUCUCGUCUGGCGUAUGUGGACCGCAGCUGAUCUCAGUUCAUACACACACACACAUACUCUCACUCGCUCACACUAAAAACAGAAGGAAUUUAUAUUUUUAUAAGAAAGAAAUUCACAAAUACACAUAGCUCAGGGAUCUUGACUGAAUCUGGCAUCAUGAGUCUUAAACAGCCCUGCAUCUUUCUCAAAGGAGGCAAAAGGAGACAUUCAAGAGCACUUACACAUGAUGAGAUAGAAGAGUUACGUGAAGCUUUUGUAGAGUUUGAUAAGGACAAGGAUGGUUUAAUAAGCUGUAAAGACUUGGGGAACUUGAUGAGGACCAUGGGUUAUAUGCCAACUGAAAUGGAGCUGAUAGAACUGAGCCAAAACAUCAACAUGAACCUUGGGGGGCGGGUGGACUUUGAGGAUUUUGUCGGCCUAAUGACCCCCAAGCUUCUGGAUGAAACUGCAGGGAUGAUUGGUUUGAAGGAACUCAAAGAUGCUUUCAAAGAGUUUGAUUUAGAUGGCGAUGGUGCAAUCACUUCUGAUGAAAUGAAACAUGCUAUGGUGAAGUUGUUGGGCAAACACACCAGCAAAAAUGAAAUUGAUGCAGUGGUCAAGGAGGCUGACAACAACGGUGAUGGAACAGUUGACUUUGAGGAGUUUGUGAAAAUGAUGUCACAGAAAUGAGAACAAAGGAAUGAAGAAAGGAGCAGAUGUAUUUUUAUUACGUUUUCUGUUAUUGUUAUUUUGUAAUUUCUGGUAAUGGGCUCCUGCAUCACUGCUAGAUAAUGUGGCACUCAUUAUUUUUAAAAAAUCUUACUUAUUAAUUUAUGGAUUUGCUAUUGUUAAAAUUUGUUAGCUCUAGAAAGCCAGACCUGAUUUUGUAUAUUUGUCACUUGUCCCCUUCUUUCUUAAUGCCCUGAAUGUGUCCAAGUUAAAAAUGACAGGUUGUAUCUGUGUCGUUGUUUGAUUUUUAAAAUUUAUAAAUAAAUAUAAAAUAUUAAAAAUAGCAACUCUACAGUAUAUUAAGUUAAUUUAUGAUCUGGAAAGACUUGGUGGGCUGCAGGGCAUACCGAUAUUUCAUGCUGGAAGUGAUUUACAUUGCAUGAAUUCCUUCCUGGACAUUUUCACCUUUAUUAGUACUGCAUGUUUAGCUGAAAUUCUUGUUUUUGGCUCAGAUAAAGGAUUGCAAUUUAUGUAAAACUACAGAAGGUCAUUGAUUUGCAGUUUAACUUAGCAGUGGGGGUUUACUGACACGCUAAUUACUGUAUUCCCUGAACAGAUACACGCAUUUCCCCACUUUUACUGCUAAUCACCAGACAGGAGGUAUAGUCUAAGUGGUGCUGUGUUCUUGGAUUUUAAUUACCCUUAUUUGGAUAAAACAUCAGAGAUUAGGUUUCUUUAUUGCUCUGUGACAUGUGAGAUAAUUGAAACAUAUAAGAUGAUUGUGGUCGAGAUGCAUUGUAAUUUUUUUUCUUUCUUUUUUUUCCCUUUUUUUUUGCUUUGGCACCUUUAAAUUAAUAUCUGAAAAAAAUAGUUACAAAAAUUAAUAAUCAUCAUUUUCCAUGACCAAAUUAACAUAAUUAAUACAAUGUUUUGUAUAUGUGUAAAAAAAAAAAGUGAUAUUUAUUGAAUAAUGAGUAUUAUUUAUGCAUGUUGUUGUAAUGUUUUGCUCUUUGGUUGUGUUUCCACUGUCUGCUGUCUGCUCAUGAGGCUCAGCUGUUUUGGGAAAAAGAAGAACAGGACACAGAUGUUACUCUGGGAUGGGUGAUAUUUUCUUUACUGACAGUCACAGCUUGAAGUUAUUUCCUCUAUGAUCAGGACUAACUAGUUUGCCUGUUAUGGCAAAUAGACAGUGUUCUCAAAAUUAUUUUAUUCCAGACUGCAGGUUGUGUAAAGGUUGAAGUUGUUGUAUCCCAUUUUUCUCUCUGCUGCGAUGACUUGGGUAAAAAUCAUUCAGCAUCUUUUCUCUUCAAAGUCAAGAUUGCAAAAUCUGUAAUAAACCUCUGAAGGAUG